GGAAAUUUCAGCAAUCAGAGCUUAUGGCUGGUAUUUUUGAAGAAGGAAUAAGAAAAGAACCAGAGAUCUGCUGGAUAGGAUGACUACUUGUGCGUUGCCAAAAAGCAAACUCAUCAAAGAAAGAAGGGGAAAGAGGAUGCAGAUCUGCAUAUGCUAAUUCACAUGGAAUUAUUAUUAUUAUUAUUAUUCCACCCUUCACCUCCUGUGCUUGAUUGUGCCCUUAAAUUGUGAUAAUGCCUCUUGCUUGUCUGAAGGAGAGUUCUGCCUGACCUUUGUGUGUAGCUGGACUGCAGCCUACUGUACCAAGAGAAGAGUGGUGCCCACUGCCCCAGCCACCUCUGUGCCCUCUCCCCCCUAAAAAGUUGCCUUUGCGGGAAUGUGGCCCAAAAUGUGACACAGUUUCUCCCACCUGGUCUUUGUGCAUGUUGGAGCCCAAAACUCUGCCUCAAGGCAAAUGCAUUUAGGACUGGGCACUCUCAGUUAAAGUUCUAAUACAGGGGUGGCCAACUCUCAAGAAACUGCAAUCUACUCUCAGAGUUAAAAAUUGGUAGUGAUCUACCCCCUUUUGGAGGGGUUCAGGUCAAAGUCGUUGAGCUUUUUGGGGGGAGAAGGGGGGCCCUGGUGUUCUGGGGUGCAGGACAAAGAUGUUGAGCUUUUUUUAGGGGAGCCACAAUUGUUGAGCUUCUUUGGGGAGAGCCAGUGAUCUGGAAGUGAUCUACCUGUUGGACAUGCCUCUUCUAAUAGUAACUCAACGAAUGUUGAGUUGCAAAUUGCCUUUGGCAAUGACUCUUUGUCAAAUGCCAGGGCCCAUUUCUAGUUGUGAGCCACUAAUGCAACUACCAGUGGCCCCAGAUCAUGCUGAGGAGCAUCUCCAUAUCAAUGUUAAAGGUAAAGGUAAAGGGACCCCUGACCAUUAGGUCCAGUCGCGGACAACUCUGGGGUUGCAGCGCUCAUCUCGCUCUAUAGGCCGAGGGAGCCGGUGUUUGUCCACAGAGAGCUUCUGGGUCAUGUGGCCAGCAUGACUAAGCCGCUUCUGGCAAACCAGAGCAGCGCACAGAAACGCCGUUUACCUUCCCACCGGAGUGGUACCUAUUUAUCUACUUGCACUUGACGUGCUUUCGAACUGCUAGGUGGGCAGGAGCACGGACUGAACAACGGGAGCUCACCCCGUCACAGGGAUUCGAACCGCCGACCUUCUGAUUGGUAAACCCUAGGCUCUGUGGUUUAGACCACAGUGCCACCUGCAUCCCUCCAUAUCAAUGUUAUGUCCCAUCAAUUCAGUGGGAUCUGCAUUAUAAAUGCAGAUGAAGAUCAGGCUGCUGCAUCACUCUCAAUGUGGUUUUGGCGAAACAAGUUCAUCCGGUUUUGAGGUUUGUGGUGUUUACAUUUUUAUGCAGAGCUUUAAAUCCAGUGACAGAUGAUUUUGGAUUUAAUUUCAUUUGCAAUAUGCAUAUUCUAAUCGAGUUUCAUUGCUGGUUCCCUUUUACUUUGAAUGGGGGAGGGAAAUAAAGGAAAAUAAUAUUUCAAAGUAAAAAUGGAAUAGAGCAGGGAAGGUACAUCGCCUUAGGUCUUUCUCAUCAAGAUUUCACCAUAGGGUUUCUUGAUCAUAUCUGGAUUCAGGGAUAGUUGGGUGAAAUGUAAUGUUAUGAAGUGCAUCUUUAAGGAUACCCUUCUGCUAGUAUUUCCAUGAUCAAUGUAACUUCUAAAAGUACUUCAUUCAUGAAAAUCACAGCUGCAACUUUGGUAAGUACCAUUUCUCCAUUCAGUCUCCGUUUCCCAAUUUGCUCAGCAGGGAUUACAUGACAUGUUCUCAGUUAUGAGUUGCCUCUUUACUGAAUUUUCCAUUUUCUAGAAGAAUGUUCUAGGGCCUGCUCCCAGAUGUACAGAUAGACUAAAUACAAUUGAUGCAGCCAGCAACCUUGUCAAUACAUUGGGGGCUAGGGGUGGGGGGAAGAAUUCUGCCAACCCUGUCAUAAAAGGAAUUCUCUGAUAAUUUGCAGUUUUACAUUUUACACUUACUUAAAUAAUGACUUCAGGAAGAAAGUGGAGUUUGCUUCUGUUGCUGUGAUGCUAAACACAUUUACUUGGGAAUAAGUCCCAUUUGCUGCAGAAACGGAAAACACAUUUUAAAGACAACAACCUCUGUAACCAUGACUAUAAGUUCUUCUUCUUCUUCUUCUUCUUCUUCUUCUUCUUCUUCUUCUUCUCCGCUGCUUUAUAUAAAGGAAUCUCAACGCAACUCAACACGAUAAAAUACAAAUGAGGAAAAACCAGGGAAAUAAUUAAAGCAAUGUACAAUACAAAAUACCUAAAAUGUUUGCUAAGGGGAAAGAUGCUGUGGUGACUGACUAGCAAAUGUCAGGCCUGUUUGCUGAUGCUUGUAUUAUCUGCUACUCCCUGGGUGGUCGUUUGGGGCCCCUUGCCUUGUGGGAACCUGUACUGAGGCCAUGAGGUCCAGCCCUAGCUGAACCACUGAACUUUGUUGAAGAGAAGCAGUGACCGGGUGGGAGUCAACUUUGGAACUCCAAGUACACAGCCUUGAGUUCUAUCGUGGAAGAAAAACAGGGAAUAAGUAAAUGUAAGGCUUAUUUCUGAGAACACACGCAUAGGACUGUGUUGUCCUUCUCCCUUUGAACAUGGUUGCGAACAAGAAGUUGCAAUGUGAUUUGAGCAUUUUUUUGACCCAAGAAGUGAUGCUUCUUGAAAAAUGCUGAAAAUGCAAAAGGUUUCAAAUAGUUAGAUUGCUUCCCCUUUACAGUGGUUAAUGGAACUUCCUUUAUUUUUCACUUAUCCUAUUUCCUUCCUCUUUCUCCAAGGACUAUGUGUGGAUGUACUAUCAUCCUGUUUAUGUCAUGUCUAUUAUGUUGCUAAGCAGUAGUAUUUUGAUCUUAUGGCUAAAUCAGCUCUGCGCUAGGACCAAAAAAACAUUAAAACUAGAAAAAAAAUGUUUCCAAGAAAUUAUUAGUUUGAAUCUAUUAUUUGGAUAACAUGGUCUGAGUGCAUCCUGGGGAGAAUUUAACACAGGCAGAAAGUGACACAAAGAUCAUAAAGUGAGUUGUAAUGUUUGGUCUAAGCAGUGUGAGAGCUCAGAGAUAGGGUCCGCCUAAGGAACAGUGUGACCGUAUCCUCUGAAUGAAUUUGUACAAAACCCUAAUGAAGACAAACACUUUCUUUAAAUGUAGCUGGAAAGUCCCCAUUCAGAUAGCAGCUGGCACAAUUGUCCUCCGUCGAAAGAUAGAAGCCAAUGACAAAUAGCAGAAUUCAUGGAAAAAAACCCCAGGGAUAUGACAAAGGAGCAAAUGCUCAUUAGCACUUCUUUUCUUCUCUGGCAGCUAUUAUAAACCCAUUGGUUAGCGUUCACAUUAGCAGUUCAGCGUUUGGCAAAUGCCAAAAGUCAACAGGACGAGUGAAUGCAGAUGGGAAGAUGUACUUCUUGUGCAGAGCUCGCUGUCCUAAGAUUUGCAACAAUGAAGGAUCUUGGAAGGUGAAAAAAGGGGGUGGCGUUGUUAUUGUGCAGCUUAAAGAUGGAGACUUUGUGUUGGGAUAGAAAGAAUGUCAGCUUGGCUAAGGUGGGGGAGGGGUGGGCUAUCCUGUGGCCCUCCAGAUGUCCCAUCAGCCUCAGCCAGUGUGGCCCAAGGGUCAAGCAUGAUAGGAAUUGUUGGUCAGCAGUAUCUGGGAGGCUACAUGUUCCCCAUCCCUGCUCUGUUUGAAGAAGCCCUUGGUUUGAAGGGAUCUUCUGUUAGUUGGCUGUCAAAGUUUCCCAGUGUGGGAUGUUUUGUGUGUAUCUGUGGGUGUAUAAAUGAAUUGUAGGCGUGUCUAUGAGAAUGUAAAGGUUUUAUAUAAUUUUGUGAGGGUGCAAUAUAUUUACGUUUAUGCUUUUAAAUGUAAGUCAGUCAGAGACCUUGGUACACAGGCACUGAGUUGUGCCCGACAUUGGGGGGCAGGGUGGGGCGGAGCUGACAUCACACAUGUGAUGCGUGUUGUGCGUUGCGUGUGUGACGAUUGUCAUAUUGGGAGAGGCCAAUCGGGCCUCCUCUUGAUGUGACAUUUUCGACGAAGCUGCGAUGGUCUGUGCAGCGUUUCCCACCACCAUGCAGCCUGGGACGACUUCUUGCCAGGCCUCCUCAAUAUUUUUUUUUUGAGGGGGCUAAGCUGCAUUGGGGGGGGGGGUUUCUAGAGGCCUCAGCCCAUAGAGUUGGUCCACCUGCUUUGGUAACAAGCGACUAAUAAAGAUUAACAUUCAUCAUCAUCAUCAUCAUCACCAGCAUCAUCAUCAUAAUUCCCCUUACAACUCCCAGCACCUGUAACAAACUACAGUUCCCAGGGUUCACUGGGGGAACUCAUGGCUGUUAAAGUGGUAUGAGGGCUUUUCUUCUUCCCCCAGUUCUACUGUGAGUCAGGGGUGGGUUCAGAUGUGGGAAAGGCUCUGUUUAAAAAGCUCUGUUUGCGGGAGCAGGUGCUGGCAAGUGACAUUGCAAAACCAGCGUACUGCUUCGAGCUCCUUGAAUUAAGUGGAGGAUAUGAAGAGAACAGGAUAAACAUGCACCCUCUAGACUGGCCUCUUUGUCUAACAUCGGGGCCCUAAACUGCCUCACUUUUGUCUGCACAUUCCUCAAUACAUAUAAACUUUCUGCAAACAAAUCAGAACGGAUGCUCAAUAAAGACCGGAUAUAAUCUAAUCCCCAUGUAAACUUUGUGCAAGUCAAUUGGGAUGAAUACUCAAUAAACAAGUCAUCUGGAGGAACCCCUAAGUCCUGCCCCAGAGCAAUAAAGAGCAAGCCUGCUCCAUCUUCUGCACGAUAACCCUUCAGAUAUUGAAAAUUGCUCUCAUGUCACUCCUUAAUCUCUGCUUCUCCAGUCGUCUCGGACUCUUUAUGCCCAUUUCCAGCCGCGUUAGUCAGUUGCAGCAAAAAACAAGAGCCUUAAAAAGUAACAAAUGUAUUAUUACAGAAGCGUAUGCCAUACUAAAUUUGUGAGACUUUUCUCCGUGGGCUGCUCGAAGGAAGAAAAUUACCUGGUGAAUGAAAAACCGUUACAUAAAUCCAAGACAUAGAAGAAAACACACCAAAUUAUGACCAUGCUGCCUUAAUCCAAGACAGAUAAUGGUCUGCUGGUCAGUUUUCUUACUAUUCUGGGAGUUCUGGAUACCCCACUCUCCCUUUGAGUGCCCAGGACAUGAUGCGGUGCUGCUUUUUUCUCUGUGUGGUCUCAUUGGAUUAUAAUGCCGGAGUGCCUGGCCGCAUUCCAUCCAUAAUUAAUUGCCACUUUGGUUUUAGAUUGCAGGGAGGCCAGUCUGGCUCUCAACAUUGCGCUUGUUCCCAUCUUUAGAUUGUGCUCCACCCUGCCAGCUGGUAAGUGAAUGAAACCUUUCACAACGGGCCUAAUGGGCACGAAGGGUUGAAUCAUUGUCCUUGUGGGCUGCUCUCUAGUUAAUCUAGUGACAAACAAGGUUCAGGCUGCUGCUGUUGACAAGCACUAUAGUGCUCCUGUUUCCAGGACAUAUGCAGGGCCCACAGAAGGAUUUCAGAAUGACCAUGAUGAUGUAGCUUAAUUUCUUUACUUUUUUUUACAUCAGCCUCCUAUAUAUGUUGUUGUUGUUGUUGUGAAUUUUACCCACUCAUCACCACAAGGAUCUCUCUCUCUUUCUGUGUGUAUAGAGACAGAUAUAAAUAUCUAUAUGUAUCUAUACAUAUGUACACACAGACACACACACACAUAAUAAUAAUAAUAAUAAUAAUAAUAAUAAUAAUAUUUAUACCCUGCCCAUCUGGCUGGGUUUCCCCAGCCACUCUAGGCGACUUCCAACAAAAUAUUAAAAACACAGUAAAGCAUCAAACUGAGUGCUCACUGGAGGGACAGAUCGUGAAGCUGAGGCUCCAAUACUUUGGCCACCUCAUGAGAAGAGAAGACUCCCUGGAAAAGACCCUGAUGUUGGGAAAGAUGGAGGGCACAAGGAGAAGGGGACGACAGAGGAUGAGAUGGUUGGAUGGUGUUCUUGAAGCUACCAGCAUGAGUUUGAUCAAACUGCGGGAGGCAGUGGAGGACAGAAGUGCCUGGCGUGCUCUGGUCCAUGGGGUCACGAAGAGUCGGACACCACUAAACGACUAAACAACAACAAAAGCAUCAAACAUUAAAAACUUCCUUAAACUGGGCUGCCUUCAAAUGUCUUCUAAAUGUCAUAUAGUUGUUUAUUUCUUUGACGUCUGAUGGGAGGGCGUUCCACAGGGCGGGCGCCACUAUCGAUAAGGCUGUCUGCCUGGUUCCCUCUCGUAGUGAGGGAACCGCCAAAAGGCCCUUGGUACUGGACACACACAUACACACAGUGUCAAAGGCCAGGUGAACUAUCUCAGAGCAAAUUAUUGGUUCAUUUCUAAUUUCUUAUAGGAUACAUAUCAGCUUUUCUGCCAUUGAAGUCGCUUUAAUCUAUACUCAAGUAUGAAGUUGCUGGGUAACCUUUCUCAAUGAUAAAAUAGCUGUAGACGUUUAAUGCAAUUUUAGGUGGGCUUACUCAGAUAUUAAGCCCUACUGAAUAGUAAGGGUGCUCAGGAUUGCAGCCAAAAUGAUCAAGAUAUACAUGGAUAGCAUAAUUAGCACGCGGGGGCGGGGUGUCAAAUCUAUUUGUAUCUUCCCCUUAAGUUCGGGAUUUUUCAUUCAGGAACAGCAAGUGUGCGAGGUUUCAUUUGGAACAGGAUUCUUGUGGGGUGUAGAAUUCGGAUACAGAGCUAUUGCACAAGAAAAAUUAAAGUUCUGAUGCACUACCCAAGGCAAUAUCCUACAUGUGUUGAGAUUUUGAGAAUAGCUCCUCUGAGCUGGACUGUUGUGCCUUUAGAAUGAGGCAAUAAGUGGAAAUACCAGUAGGUGCACUCAUAUUGAUUGGGUCACUGGAAACAAAAAAAAUAGGUUGUGCUCAGGUGAGGUGCAAAUGGAUGGACGGGUGUGGCAAUAGAUACCACCCGCCAACACAUAUUCACACAUGUGAGAGACCACUCAUUAAAAAAAAAAUAUGCAUUACUGACUUCCACACCAGCAGUGAUGUGGCUGUAUCACUAACAGGAAGACUUAUAAACAUUUGUCAAGCAAAUCAGUAUGGAUGCAGGAUGAAUGCCUAUUGUCAUAUAACUGCCCCACAAACAAAUUAAGACUAGAUAUAAUCUGACCUCCACGUGAACUUUGUGCCAGGAAAUCAGGAUGGUGAAUGCUCAACAAAUAGGUCAUAUGGAGGGACCCCGAGUUCUCAAGGCUACAAUAUCCAGUUUAAUUUUUGUACCUCUCCCCCAAAUUUGUGUAACAUUCUACUAUGAGGAAGAAGAAUUCUGGAAAACCCCAAAGCUUCCCCUCUAUUUUGUGACGUUUUGAUUGGUUCCAAUGAAAGUAUUGCCCAACUGUGGGCUUUUGUCUUUAUGCUGAGAUGGGAUCAGAAGCACAGCUCUCGUUAAUGUUAAUGGGAGAGCAAUUCUUUGCUCAUCCAGCUGAAAAACUCCUCCGAGACCCUGUAGAAAAGCUGCCAUUUGAUUAGAAUUGGAUCCUACAUUUUUCUUUGCCUAAUUAAUAAUGCAUGUCCAUAAGAGAAAAGAGAAAGUUGUAAAUAUAUAUGCCACUGAAUUUUCUCCUAUACUGCUAAAUUGGAAUAAUUAUUCAUUAUUGUAUGGCUAAGGAGUAACUUUUUUUUUUAAAAAAAGGUGUCUAGUCCUGAUUUGAUGACUGCAUGUGUUGAAAAACCUAACACCCUUGGCAGACCAAAAACUAUUUUACCCUUCCUGUUAAAAACUGGGUCACAGUUCUGAUGUGAAUUUAUCCAGCUUUUCCCAGCCCGCAAUCUUUUAAAUGUAUUUUACUGAUUUUUAAAAAUUACGAUGUUGAUGAACCAUUACAGUAGAACCCCUCCCUCCACACUCCCCAGGAAGUACAGACAAACAUAUUACAGAAAUAUAUUGUGCACGAUCCCGUAUUUGAUUGUGGUGGAUGGUAAAUUUCUCGACAGAAUGUGUUUUAAAAAGGUACCAUGUUUCUAGAAAGUCAUCUGAAUCCCGUUUGCAGGAUAGGGCUCUUGCAUGUUUAGUCAAAUACCAAAGGCACACAAAAGUUAUCUUGUAAUGGCAAACGGCUACUGUCACAUCCUUCACAAUUCUGCCAGACAUGCCUGUUUGAAAAGUGAAAAUGAUGUGCAGGCCUUGGUCAUAAAGUAUACAUUGAGUUCUCCAAGAGAUUCAAAACAAGAAACUGAAAGAAUCCUAUGAUGGCUCUUUCUCUCUCUCUUCCCAGCUGUUGAGUGGCUACUUCAGUUGUGGCCUGCCAUAAAAUCCAAUUUCCUUGAGCUUGGGGAGGAGCAGACAAGUGAUACCAUGUGGCAGUUUAUUGGGGACCAGACCAACAAGGCAUCCAGCGACAUCACUUCUCAGAUUUCUCUCCCAGAGUGCUACCUCUAUUUUGAGCAUCAUUCCAUGCAAUUUUUUCACGAAGCUCUUAUUGUUUUGGAAGCAAAGUGCUCAGUAAGCCCACAGCUCCACAGUUCAAUGUGCAACGUGCCAGAGAAACUGAUAAAUUCCAGGUACCAAGUAUUUUUUGGAGGAAAAUUGUUCUUAAGUCUGAAACAGCGAUCUGAUUUUCAACAUGCAUGUAUUACAAAAGAUACCUGCCAGAUUUUAAUCAGGCAAUAACAUACCUUGAGAAAUGGUAGGACCUUGAGAACUCCCAUCAUUGCUGCUAUGCCGGCCCUAGCCCUAGACCAUAUUUGUGGCUACAAACUAGGGUGUUGAAGUCAAAGCAGAUGAGCUAUUUGUUGAGCUCAACUUGGUUCAGAAGCUUUGGCCAGUGGUGAGAAAAUCAGAUCUUCCUCUAGAUCAGAAAUGGUUAGAGUUACUGAAGCACAUUCCAUCUAGAUUUCAGCUGCAAGUUGUCAGUGCUGCACUCGCUAUCCUGGUAAGCAAUGCUCAUGUCGAGAGGGUGCUUUGACAUAUGGGCAACACAUGGACUUACAAUAGGAAUUCUGUGUUGACUCCUCUUGUGAAAGCAGAGCUUUGUGCAAAAUUUAACUAUCAGAUGAGCUGUAGACAGUUCUUUGAAUGUGCAAGACAGAGACCACUGUUGCUUAUGGCUUGUAUUUCUAAUACAAAGUACGUAUUCUGAACACUGUCUUUUUGUUCUUUAUUUAAAUCCAGUUCUUCUGACAGUUCUGUUCUCUUCUGUCAAAACCUGCUGCUUUAAAACAAAGAAACGUGUUGCUUGUUCUGCCUAUAGUAUUUGAGAUCUACAGCGUUUCUUGCCACAUAAUAUCAGCAGAAUAACCUCCUGUUGUAAGGGAGAUACUGGCCUAAAUCCACCUGAAACUCUCAAGUUGAGUAGACCCAUUAAUUGGUGCUUAGUAAGUCAACACUUAUGUAAGUUCCAUUCCUUUAAUAGGCCUACUCUAGCUGGGACUAACAAUUAGAAUGGUGAUGAAAUCUGCUUUUAUUCUAGCAGUGGGACAUUUGGGUGAUUUAACCAGUUUCUGUUUGAGCAAUUGGAUGAUUGCUGAUGCAACCUGUUUUUGUUCCUUAACAGACAUAAAGGUAAAGGGACCCCUGACCAUUAGGUCCAGUCGUGACUGACUCUGGGGUUGCGGUGCUCAUCUCGCUUUAUUGGCCGAGGGAGCCGGCGUACAGCUUCUGGGUCAUGUGGCCAGCAUGACUAAGCCGCUUCUGGUGAACCAGAGCAGCGCACGGAAACGCCGUUUACCUUCCCGCUGGAGUGGUACCUAUCUAUCUACUUGCACUUUGAUGUGCUUUUGAACUGCUAGGUUGGCAGGAGCAGGGACCGAGCAACGGGAGCUCACCCUGUCGUGGGGAUUCGAACCACCGACCUUCUGAUCGGCAAGUCCUAGGCUCUGUGGUUUAACCCGCAGCACCACCAUAGUGUUCAUUAAUUAAAAGAAAUGGUUUCUAACCUUACCUGCUGCUGUUGGUUCUCCUUUUCUCUCUUCAUUUUUUCCACCUUUCUACCUUAAUGCUAGUUGUAAUGUUGACAUUGUGAUUGCCUAGUCAACAGAAAGUAUGCACUAGAAAUUCCUGGCAAGGCAGGGCAGCAAAAACCUCACUGCUGAUCAGGAACAUCAACUAUGCUCAGUGCAAGAAGGAGACUGAUCAUCCUUCUUUCUGUCCAUUUUAAGAAUGUGAACUGUCUUCAAACAGUGCAGAAAAGUGCAAUUUCUUGCUAUGGACCCAUUUCAUCAUGGUCCAGGGACCACUCUGUAGAUCUCACACCUGGUGUGUUUUGAUGGUGGUGGAAAAAAUGUAAAAUUCCCACUGCUGUAUGAUGUAAUAUAUGAAAAAAAUUACUGCCGUUCUAUUAUGGUUACUACGUAUGUGUUACAAAUGCAGUCAUGUUGUAGCUGGGUGUAAUGUAUGGCACCUUCUGAAAAGAAUGGUUGGAUUUAUUUGAAAGACAAAUGAACUUCAGGAGGCUAGGGAUAGCUUUGUGGAAGAAGGUCCUAUAGAGUUCUGUGGGGCUUAGUCCUUAGAAAGUGUGUUUCAGAUUGCAGCCUUCAGGGGCACCUGUCUGUGCUCUGUCCUCAUGAGUGUGAGUGUCCCAAUCUAAAAUCACCAGGCAAGCUUCUGCUCUUCUUAAAACAGCCUUCUCAUGAGCAGCCUGGCCUGAGCACACUUAAACCCUUCAGGUGAGAAGCACAUAGGCUACUUACCCAAGCUCCCAAAACAUGUGACAAGAGUGGCACUGUGGUUUAAACCACUGAGCCUCUUGGGUUUGCCAAUCAGAAGGUCGGCAGUUUGAAUCCCUGCGACGGAGUGAGCUCCCAUUGCUCUGUCCCAGCUCCUAUCAACCUAGCAGUUUGAAAGCACACCAGUGCAAGUAGAUAAAUGGGUACCACUGCAGUGGGAAGGUAAAUGGCAUUUCCAUGCACUCUGGUUUCCGUCAUGUGUCCCGUUGCACCAGAAACGGUUUAGUCAUGCUUGCCACAUGACCUAGAAAGCUGUCUGUGGACAAACGCCAGCUCCCCUGGCCUGAAAAGAGAGAUGAGCGCUGCACCCCAUAGUCACCUUUGACUGCACUUAACUAUCCAGGGGUCCUUUACCUUUACUUUUACCUAAGCAUGUGACAAGGAAUGAUCCACACCCUUCAGCUGGACCUGGGAACACCCACUGUAGUUAAGGAUUUUAUUUUAAUUUUCCAACUGGUGACAUAUUUGCUCAUUGGUUAGACUUUCUGUUUUUGAAGUUGAAUGAUAUGUUCUUGAGGCCCAUGCCAUGACAUCACUGGGACCUGGCUUGAGUUUGAGCCCUGAAAUAUCUGUGUCUGAGGAUGCUCCUGACCUGGCAACCCUAAUUUAGAUUCUGUUUAAUCUUUAGUAUCCCUCAGUGGUGUACAAACAAUAUGCGGAUUAAAACAAUAAAAAAUCACUGGAAAACCUUUUCUAUUUGUUAAACAAGAACAACUUAUUUAACUUACAAAUAAAUAAAUAAAUAAAUAAAUAAAUAAAUUCCACUGCUGUACUUUAGCCAAAACUAAUCUAGAGCUCCUCACUUCCUGCAAAGCCUAUGAGCCUAGAGAAACAGAGAUACAGUUGUACCUGGGAAAUUGAACAGAAUCCGUUCUGGAUGUCCAUUCAACUUCCAAAAUGUUCAGAAACCAAAGCGCAGCUUCUCAUUGGCUGCAGGAAGCUCCUGCGGCCAAUUGGAAGCCGCGGAAGCCCAGUCGGACGUUCGGGUUCCAAAGAUUGUUCGCAAACUGGUACGCACAUUUCUGGGUUUGCGGCGUUUGGGAGCCAAAACGUCCGAGUACCAAGGCGUUCAGAAUCCCAAGGUAUGACUGUAUAGGAAAACUUAGGGCUGUGUUCUACUGAAAGGGUGACAAUGAAACACAAGGCUUUGUGGGCCCCCUGUUAUCAAGUUGGGGGAAAUGCACCCCCCAAUCACCCCCACACAGAGCCAAUGCAUGCCUCUAGUAAAUAUGUGCAGAUUUAAUACAUAUUUAAAGCACAUGUCCUCUCCCCAAGAAUCCUGGGAACUGUAGCUUACCCCAGUGCUUUUCUUCUCUCCUCUCUCUCUCUCUCUCUCUCUCUCUCUCUCUCUCUCUCUCUCUGUGUGUGUCUGUCCGUCUCUCUCCUCCUGCCCUUCAUCCCCAAAUGUAACCAUUUCUCCACAUAAAGGUGCUUAUAUCUAGAACAGUAAAAUUCCCACUUGGUCUUUCUUUUGGAUAAGAAGGGCAGACUGCUGUAAGAUUAAGUUUCUUGUCCGCAGGUCAUUCAAAGGGAUGAAAACAAAAAUGAAAAAUAAGGUAUGCCAUUUAAAAAUGCAGUCUUGUAGCCAAAGAGUUCUCAGGAACAGGGUGCAACCAGUUCACUUUCAGCCCCCCCCAUAAGUCAUGCUUUUCUAAACAGAUGAUAAGGCUUUGAAAAGAGCAAGAACUUCUCUGGAAAUGUGGAGGUGGUUUAUGACAGUAAGAUGAGAAAUGUCAGAAUCCUAGAUGAUUUUAAAUCUACAGGAGAACUGAGAGUAAGCAGAGUCAGAUUAAGACCUGCAGGGGCCUGAAGCACUGAACAUAUUACAAACCCCCCUCAUAUGUGAUUCAAAAUAAAUACAAUACUAAACCAUAAAAUAACAUUUUAUUUUUUCAAAAUGAUACAAAAGUUACAUGCACGCUGAAAUCAAAAUAGCUUCUUUCUAGAUGACUACUUCAAUGCUUUUUUAAAAAUAAAUAAAUCAAAAACCUAUUUUUUUUGGGUUCCCCUGCUUUGCUGAUUUUCUAAGCACAUGCUACUGGAGGGGGACAAUCUAGGGGAAGUGGGGGGCUAAGGGCACCCCAAAAUUUCAAGGAGGGGUCUGGGCCCCCUCGUGCAACGUGCUCACUUCACUUGCGCAUGCCACAAGUGAAUAGUAGCCAUGAAAAAUACAACUUCAAUUGAGGGUAAAAGACCUGGUAGUGUGGGCACAAACUUGAGGCUUAGUUAGGAAACUAUAUAUUUGAUGAAAACUGAGCCAAUUUCAUUUAGGUGUAGUAAGGUUUGCACAUAAUGGUUGAAUAGAUGCAGAUAAAUAAAAUCUCCCAAAUAAUGGCAACCAACCUGCAAGAGAACUGAGGUAAGUGCCAACUUCUUUGAAGAAUUGAGGGUGCUAGGGAGGGCUAGGGUAAAGUUUAGUGGGGGUAGCGGGUAGGCUGAAACUUUUAGUACCAUUUACUCCAGUCCAUCAACCCCUUGCCUGGAUAUCUGUUGAAGUUAAAUGAAGAGUUGGAGAGUUGGUUUUCUAUCUGUGUCCAAGCUGUCUCAUGUAAGGUUUUCCUUUCGUUUCUCCCUCCCCAUUUUCCCCCCCCGGCUUUGAAUUAGGUCAAAGGCUUGAAUUUCCUCAGCAUAUAAACAGCAAAAAGUAUUGCUUGUUCAUCAUUGCUCCUGGGGGUUCAGCAGAGAGCGAGCAAGGAGAGAGUUUUGAGAGGACAAAAGUAAGUACCUGAGACAACUUGUUUAGCAGAGUUCUGGCCAAUAAGGAUAAAUAAGAGUGGGACAAGGAUAAUGAUGACAAUUUAUUGAAUUAGUCAGGUUUCUUUCCUUCAGAAAUGAAACUCAUAAAGUCUUAUUUUUGAGCUUCAUUGCUUGUUUGGUUAGAAACACAGUGAGGAGGACACAGGGUGUUUCGCUUCUCAGGAACCGAAGGAAUACGCAGUGGGGAUGAAGGAAAGCAAUGCGGGGGGCAAGUCCUGGACAAGCAUACUUGAGAGUAAGGCUGCAAGCCUAACCUCCAUUUCUAGGGAGUGAGCCCCAUUGAAUUCAACAUAACAUACCUCUGAGGAGACCUGGUUAGGAACAUGCUGCAAGUCCUAUUGACAUCAGUUGCGCUUUCUUCUGAGUAAGCACAAGGAUUGCUGACAGAGGAUUGGGCUGUAUAUAUUAUUCAUCCAGUUACAGUUUUAAUCUGAUAUACGUAUCUUGUUUUGCUGGUGGCGUUUGGGACAAUUUAAUUCUGAGCAUUUCCUCCAUCACCACAGCUCCCUAUUUCUGUGGGAAGUGUCUAACAACUUCCCCCCUAUUAAUUUCUGCUUUGUUGGGUUUCUUUUUGCACUUCCAAGUAUAGUUAGCAGGAUUGUAACUGCGGAAAUAGCCAUUCGAUUAUCCCCAGAAAUGGGGCUGUUGAAUUAAAAUGCCAUGGUGCAUAUCUGUGUUUUCCUAUUCCUGUAUGGUUUUAUCAAAAAUACUUCUAGCAGCUUCUUCAUUAGACAGGAAGAAUUUAACAUACUGAUGGUGUGAGCUCUCUAUAUGACUAGGGAUGGAAGAAUCUGUCAACUUGGUCCUUUCCAUGUCUCAUUUUACUAAUCAGUUCUCCUCAUUUCUGCAGCAAUAUAUGAUUUUUAUUUUUUAAAAAUCCUCAUGAAAAUUAAUCUGUAUUUUGGCAUGAAUUUCUCCUAAUAAUCACAUGUUGGUAUGCAGCUUUGACUAAUGUACACAUUUCUUUUUUGCAAGUGAGUUCCCCAAAUGUAUGAAUUUUUGUAAACUUUCUUUAGUCGGAGAACUGCAUUGCAAAAUUUGGAUAUGUGUGAAUUUCAAAAGAUGGCUCCAUUUCAAUUUCAUACUGCUUUUGAAGUGUGAAUUUGAUAGAUUUACCCCAUGCUUACAUAUGACUGGUCUGCUACUGAUCAAUUCAGUGCCUACCAGGGAGCACCACUGGUCAGAAUUGGAAAGGAUUUCAGCAGAAUUGGGAAAGGGCUGGGUCAGUUUGAUCACUUGGACUUUAAACUUAAAAAACAUGGGUAGAAAACAACUUACUCAACCUUGAACCUGCUUGAACACAUUGGAACAAUUUAACUUUCUCAGGAUCUGUUCCCCAGGUAUAAAACAGGCAUUGGAGCAAUCUACACCACAACUUUAUUGUGAAGAGAUGCUGGCUAAGACUUAUAAAGUCUUUCCACUGUCAAAAUUUGAUAUGCUGGACAAUAGUCUUUAAGGGACAUUAUAUUAUGCGGGUUGUAUCCAGUAUUACUCAGAGUAGAAAUUAAUGGACAUGGCAACUUAGGUCCAUUAUUUUCAAUGGGUCUACUCUGAGUCUGACUAACAUUAGAUAUAACCUCUGUGCAUAAGGGAAGGGAAAGUUUCAAAGCAGCAAACAAUCUGCUCCCACCAGCAUCACCACUGAGUUGCUAGUUGGUUUCAGGGUUUUUUGGUGUUUUGCUUAAAUUCAGAACAAAUGCAAAACAUGAGACUGUGAUGGGAGAGGUUUAGUCAUCCGUCCUGCCCCCAUGAUAAAAAGUGCAGUUAUUAAGUUGAUCUGGGUGAUCCAGAUGUCUUCCUUUUAGGAAGAUUCCUAUAUUGCAAAGAAAUUGCAUACUUCCAGCACUACAAUUUUUUUGGGGUUGGAUUCAACUAAAUUCCACUCAGAGCAGACACAAUGAAAUGAAUGGACCUACGUUAGUCACGCACCUUCAUUUCAAUGGGUCUGCUCUGAGUAGGACUAACAUUGUAUACAACCCUUUCUUUCUAGGAAAACAUGGUCCUUUCCCCAGUUAUUGUGCCUUGCUAUUUCAUGCCCUAUGUGGUUACAUAGGUUUCAUGUCCCAUGUGGUUACAUAGAUAUCAUGGGGCCCAACUUGAUAGUGCCUGUAGGACCUCCAGGAAUGACCGACUGGACUCCCUUGCCUUCCAUGCUUAUGCUUUUUAAAAAUUAUUUGUUUUUCCUGGAAGAUGCUUAGACUGUGGUAAGGAAUUCCAUAGUCUUCUGUUUAAUUUGGAAACCUAUUGGCUGGCUGUUUGCACUUUACUCCCCUCCCCAAGGAAUUCUUUGCUGAAUUAGCUUUUCUGAAUCCACUGCCUGUUACAGAGCUAAUUUAUCUCAUUGCAAUUCAUUGUUGGAACCAGUGAUCUCCAAAGGGUCACAUUUGACAUACGAGACCUAGAUUCCAGUCUAUAAUCAUCAUGGAUUUGCUCAGCAUUAGCUCUCAGUGAUCAUGUCAUCACAUGGUUCACAAAACUGAAGAGAAGGAUGCUGCAGUGGUUAGAGUACUGAAGAGGGUGUUAAUAAAAUAGAUGAGUAAAUAAUAAUAAUAAUAAAAAAACAGCUAUAAACCAUGGGUUCAGUAAUAAACUCACAGGACAGGGUGGAGGACAAAAAUUAUACCAAAGACCUGGAGGAAGAAGAACAGGUUUGGCAGCGUGCUGAGAUGGCAAUGAAGAGAGGGCCGAAGGGACUUCCUAGAGAGCUCAAUAGUCUGGGUGCCACAACUGAAAAGGCCCUGUCCCAUGUCUCAGCCAAAUGGUCUUCUGUUGGAAAUUGGAUGAUGAAGAUUGCAAAGCCAACAUGGUGCUUGUUCUCCAGAUUUUGUUGAAUUCCAGCUCUCAUCAUUCCUAGCCAUGAUGGCUGGACUGAUCAUCCUGAAGGCUGCCCCAGCUGCCCCAGCUGUAAUGGGUGGGUAGACUCUUGUGAGAGAAAGCAUUCCAAUCCAAGUUCAAAUUUCCUGGGCCCUGAGAUCAUUUUUUGGAAGGGUCUUUCAAGGCACUCUUAGUAUGUGCAUAUGUUUUGGUCCUUGGGUCAGCUGGUGUUCUCCGGGUGUUGUUCAACAAUGACUUCCAUUGUCCCAGACUGAUUGUCUCAUGCUGGCUGAGACUGAUCGGAGUUUUAGUCAAAAUCUUUGGAGAGCAUCAGAUUGGAGAAGGCUGUGUUAGGCUUAUUCUACAUCUUCCUCUGCUGCUGCUCCCAUCUGCAGCAAGCAGAAAGGUUUGUGGUAUGGGGCAAUCCAUUGCUCCUGUGGAGCCUCCAGAAGGGUUAUUGCCCCUGCUGUCCGAACAGCCUUAGAUAUGGGCAGUGGAAGAUAGCGUAUGACAGUAGCAGCUGUUUCCCCCUGGAUAUAACCCAGAAAUAGCUGGUGCCGUUUGACUCUGAUAUUAGGCAGUCUCCAAUGAGGGCUCCCUGUUAAGUUUUUCUGCUGGGAGUGCAUUUCAAGUCAUUGAUUGAUUAAUAUUUAUAUAACACCUUUAUAUAGACCACCCUUUCAUAACAUUCUCAGGAUGGUUCAUGACAAAACUGUUGUAAUGCUCUGCUUCUUUAAGGUGUAAGCAGUAUAAAGCAUUACAAAAGAAACUUAUUAGAGGGGAUUUGCAGACCCUCCAAGUGCCCCUAUUUUCCAGGGAGAGUCCUGGAUUUACAGAAGCUGUCCUGGUUUCUGAUUUGAUCCCGGAAUGUCCCUCUUUUCCUUAGAACAUCCCUCUUUUCAUUGGAUAAGUGUUGGAGGGUAUGGAGUUAUGUGACUCCCAAGCCAAGGAGAUGAGUUACUAUACAACCACCUUCUUCUUCUUCUUCUUCUUCUUCUUCUUCUUCUUCUUCUUCUUCUUCUUCAUUAUUGAAUAGGACAUCCCUAUUUUUAUUACAGAAAUGUUGGAGGAUAUGGAUUUGUAAUGAAAGAGACAGGCAUAAAAGAGGGGUGGGGGAAAACCCUACAGAGAUGUAACAUGAUAUUAUAUGCAUACAGCUACUUUAAUUUUUUGUCUUUUCAUUUUAGAGUCUGAAGAACAUGAUGGGUGUUCCCGUGACUUUACUCUUUUUCUUUUCUGUUCUGCCUUCCACUCUCUCCCAAGUUGUUGUUCAUCAUACAAGCUACAAGGGGAUAUGUACAAACGCUUGUGACUUUCACGGCUAUGAUUAUACCUGGUGCAAGCAAAGUGGUGGCAGCGGGAAAUCUUGGGACUACUGUUCCUUAGAAGAAGGCUUGGGACACACAGGUGAAAAAUGUGCCACAAUGUGCGAUCUCUGGGGGGGCUCCUACCACUACUGCUACUUAAAAAAUGGAGAAUGGAACUACUGUGGAUUGAUCAGCGAGAAGGGCUUUGCUGAAUAUGCUCAGGACAACAAAAUGUGUUUUGAUGGAUGCCGAGCGACUAAAGAGGGUUUUCACUGCAAUACAGGCCAUGGUAAGCAACGUUGCUCUCCGUUCCUCGAUGUGACCCCCACUGGUUUGCCCUGCCACAACAACUACCGUUGUGCAAAAUAUGGAACCGAUGGGUACCGAUGCCACAUGGAUAACGACCAAGGCCUCUGGGAUUACUGUGGACGCAGGGCCCAAAGUAAGUGUGUAUGGGAGUACUCUGAGACCAAUUCCUCCCUGGUGGAGAUUUGCAAACUUCCCACCUCUCAUCUUGAAGGCAAGAUCCUCUUCCGCCGAGAAAGGAGGGACAAGAUGCUCCCUCCCACCAAGGAGGAGUUCAAAAAGGCAGUCCAUCUGAUCGACAAAAUCGCCUCCGUCACCAGCCUUCCUGACUCAGAACCUCUGGAAACUGUGCGUUUCUACAAGCAAGAGGAUAUCUUCUGCAAGGGUGUCAAUUAUACAGGCAUGGAACUGGAGAUAGGAAUGUCCAAGGAGAGUGCUAUGCCCAUUGCUCAUGUCCUCUUCCCAGAGUUCCUAAACUCUGUGGAGAUCUUGCGCUCAGCGUUUUACACCAGCCUCCAUAGCACAUUUUAUCAGCCUGCCUACACCAUUGCUAUCUCUGUUGAGGAACCAAUGUUAUGUUCCACUGACCACCAGUGAUUAACUCGCCCUGCACACAUCUUAGCGAUUGGCUUCAUGUGCAUGCAGUUGCUGCUUUGCCGCGCUAUCACCACUGUAGCAAUUUGUAGAUGCUGCCCCUCCCCUUAUUGCAAUAUUUACGAUGGUUCUAAACCUGUCAAUGGCUUGAGUUAAGUCCAGCCUCGGAUGCCAUUUUAGUACCAGUCCUGUUCCCACAUAUAUCAAGCUAAAAGCUAUGCAUUGAUAACAACUUCAGAAUGGGGCACACAAGAGAUAAGGUGUACUGGGGUGGCUUUUUUGUACUCUUUGUAAUCUCCUUUAAUAAUGAUUAAAAAACCUGGCACUUAUGGAAUUAAUAAAAUCUACUAUUGAAACAUGAC